CCCUCUCUGUCUAUAUAUAUUCUCCAACUUCACAACAUUCAUUAAUCAAAUUGAGAGGGAGAGAUAAAUUGUUUUCUUUAUUGUUAAAAAUGGAGCUGAAUGAACACUAUUUGUUAGAAGAAGUUUUGGGUUUGAGAAGAUCAGAAGUAAUGAAUUGGGAAUUAGCAAUCGCUACGGAAAUGAAUGGGUGGAAUUUUGAUUGUUCUGAUUCAUUGCCAAUGGAUCAGCAGCACAAUGAUCUUGCUUAUCUUCUGAAUGGGGAAGAUCAGUAUUUGGGCACGGAGGCGGCGAUGGCGGCGGCGGGGAGCACGGGGGAUUCGAUGUCGUAUAGUACGAUGGCGGAGACGCCGGGGGGGAGUAGUUUUGAGGUUUAUAAUAUUAGGAGUAUGGAAGAGGAGGAACUUGGGAUUUUGGAGGAUGAGAUUCAUAAUCUUGAAGUUCAAGCUAACAAUGAUUCUUACUAUUGUAAAGUUGAGCCUGUUGUUGUUGAUCAAUCUCCUGCAAAAAUGCUACCUAUUUUCAAAACGGGUGGUAGUAAGAAACUUCAGGGGCAGCCUUCCAAGAAUCUCAUGGCGGAGAGACGGCGGAGGAAGCGACUCAACGAUCGCCUCUCUAUGCUCAGAUCCAUUGUCCCCAAAAUCAGCAAGAUGGAUAGAACUGCGAUUCUUGCGGAUGCAAUUGAGUACGUGAAGGAACUGAUGGAGAGAAUCCAAAUUUUGGAAAAGGAAAUUAGUAAUUCAAAUAAGUUGGGGAUUUUGAGAUCACAUAUUGUGAAACCAAAUAAUGAGUACUUGGUGAGAAAUUCAGCUAAGUUUAAUGUGGAAAGAAGAGAAGAAGAAACAAAGAUUGAGAUAUGUUGUGCAGCAAAGCCAGGGUUAUUAUUGUCAACAGUAAACACUCUUGAAGCAAUGGGACUUGACAUUCAACACUGUGUUAUUAGCUGUUUCAAUGACUUUGCAAUUCAAGCUUCUUGUUCUCCGGGAAAUGAGGUUGGAAGAAUGGUGAGCACAGAAGAAGUUAAGCAAGCAUUAUUUGAAAAUGCUGGAUAUGGAGGAAAGUGCUUGUAGAACCAAAAUUCAAUUUCAAAUUGAGGAGGAAAAGAAAACAAUCAAAUCUCAAUGUUUUCAAUGAGAUUUUGUUUGUUGAAUUAUUGUUCUUUUUCUUUUUCCAAUAAUGAAUGAAUGUGUAUGUAUUUAAUUAAGUCCUUAAAAUUAGCAAAUUAUUGCCUUAUUAGGAAAUAAAUUAGAAGUGGAUUUCCAUUUGCAAGAAUUAUUGGUCUUUAGAAAGGAAAGCGGUGACAUUGUUUACUAUUGCAUAAAAUAUUAGUAAUGGAUGAGAAAUAAAAAUGAGAGUUUUAUUUAUUUAUU